GCGGCAAUUGGCGGCGCAGGACCCGCUCACUCUGACGAAUCAGGCCGGCGCGCGCGCACCGCAGUGGACAGUGAGACAGUGCCCGUGCUUGUGUCAGUGAAAUAUUUGUGAAAAUUCAGAUGGUUGCUCGGCGCUCGGCGUGAGGCAUGCCUCGAGACUCGUACGAGAUGAACUCCCGGCAGCUGUCCCGCGGCAGCUCGCUGUUCGGCGGCGACCCGCAGGCGCAGCUCCGCACCGCGCUGCGCACCAACGACUUCCCCACCUUCAAGAAACUCGUCAGCCUCGGCGCCGUCGACCUCGAGUUCGUCAACCCCUACCCCGACCACAAGACCUGCCUCGAGCUCGCCAUCACCGAACCCAACAGAAACGAAUUCGUCAAAGUCCUCCUUCAGCACGAAGCCCAGGUCAACAGGGUCAACGAGACCCACGCCUGCGCUCCUAUACAUUUCGCCGUCGAAUGUGGCAAUAUCGAGGCGCUCAAACUGUUGCUCGACGAUGACAGAAUUGACGUCAACGUCAAAAGCAAAGGGAAUACGGCUCUGCUGAUGGCGAUAAAGAAAAUCGAAGAUUUAGAAGAUGAGCGCGAGCGAGAGCUCGCCACCUACGAAGACAUGAUCGAACUCCUGCUGAAGGCGGGCUGCGACGCGAACGCUCCGGACCUCAAAGGAGUGACGCCCGUGUACUCAGCAGCAAAACAAGGCCUGGAGAGAGUCAUCACCUUCAUCAUAGAUUACGCACAAACCCCAGUCGACAUCGAUACCUACAAAGACAGACGUGGCAAAACAGCUCGAUAUUUCCUAAAAGAAGCGUUCCCGCAUUUAGUUGAUAAAUUCGAUACUGAGGUAGAACUGAUCAACGUUGACAAACUCUUCUCGUAUUUAAGUCGGCACGAUGAAAACGGAUUCAUACGCGACUUUACAAAACUCGUCAAAAAGAGCGACCAUCGCCCAGCGUUGGCUUCUAAUAAUGGAAUAUUCACAAUGUUACAGUUUGCAACCGACAAGGGUUUAGACAGAAUAGUCGAAACCUUGCUUAACGCAGGCGCAGAUCCUAACGCCACUUGUUCAGGUGAAACUAUGAGACCCGUAGCACUCGCAUGCAAAAAUGGCUACUGUAAAAUUCUCAAAAUGUUUGUCGACAACGACUCUACGUUAUUCGAACCGGUCAACGGCGAGUCAUUAAUACAAAUCACGGUAAAGGGAAUGAGGUCGUACUCCAACAAUCCUAAAGCAGAUUUCAAUGGAUGUUUGGAGCUACUACUUAAGAAUCCCAAGAUUAACAUAAACGUGAAUUAUGCUGAUAAUAAGAAUAACACGGCGCUGCACUACGCCGCUAGAAAUGGCGACCACGAGACAGUUUUAGCGCUGCUGCGGCAAGGCGCGUGCGUGGGGCUGCGGAACGCGUUCGACGAGCCGCCGCUGGCCGACAUCGGCGCCCGCACGCUGGAGGCCUACCUCGACGAGUGCGUCACCACCAACGGAGAACGACCCAGCGACGACGACUACGAGAUCCACAUGAAGUACAGCUUCCUAGUCUACCCCAACAACUCCCUCGAAAACGAAACUUGCAAAACUCCUUUGUUGGACGCAUCGAACAAUAACGUGAAGGAAUGCGACGCGAUCCUGGCACCUGAGACUGAUGCCCUCUUGUACAUGACGAGAAACGAGGAGCUGCGGCCGCUCCUGAAGCACCCGGUUAUAACCAGUUUCCUCUACUUGAAGUGGCAGAGAAUAAGCUGCUUAUUCUACGCUAACAUAACGUUUUAUUCUCUUUUAUGGUUGUGCUUGAUUCUCUACAUCAUACUGGGAUAUAGCGUGGAGGGGAAAAAGUCAAAUUCCAUUGACGUAUUAAACGUCGUCACGCACGUUGGGGCGAUCAUUGGGUUGAUACUUUUAAUCAUACGAGAAUUAUUUCAAUUAUUAGUGUCGCCGUAUAGAUAUUUGCAGAGCGUUGAGAAUUGGAUGGAAAUAUUCUUAAUAUUUGUGACGGCGGUGAUAGUGUGCGACAACUCGGCCGCGGAGUCGACGCGGCAGCAACUGUCUGCAGUCGCCAUCUUGCUGUCCUCCGCCGAGUUGGUGCUCCUAAUCGGGCAGUUCCCGACUUUAUCUACCAAUAUAGUUAUGCUGAAGACAGUAUCUUGGAAUUUCUUUAAGUUUUUACUUUGGUACUGCAUUCUGAUUAUCGCAUUCGCGUUGAGUUUCUACACAUUAUUCAACAAAGAUGGGAAAGACGAAGAUCAAGUGGCACCGGACCCGAAUAAAACUGAGAAGGACGAUGAAGAAGAAAAUUUCUUCGUAGACCCGGGGCGAUCUCUGUUCAAAACUAUAGUAAUGUUAACAGGAGAAUUCGACGCGAGUUCCAUUAAAUUCGGUACAUUCCCAGUGACCAGCCAUAUUAUUUUCAUUGUUUUUGUAUUCAUGAUUCCGAUCGUUCUAUUUAAUUUACUGAACGGUUUAGCGGUAAGCGACACGCAGGAGAUCAGAGCGGACGCGGAACUCGUUGGACACGUUUCUAGAGUAAGAUUGAUAUCAUACUUUGAAAGCGUACUCAUCGGACACACCAAGCCGUACUCUCAGCCGUCCUGCUUCGCCUGUCUGCCCGCGUGGAUGCAGGACCUAAGCAUAAUAACACCAAAGACGCUAUGCUUGAGGCCUUUUGCAAAACGCAUAUCUCUGUUCCCGCACUUUUUGCCUAAAUAUAGAAUACUGGUGAAACCGAACAAGGAUAACAUAAUUGAGAUACCGAAGGCGGAGCCAAAACAGAAGUUCGGUGAUGAUGAUGAAGAUAUUGAGAUUGGCGGAUGCUGCUUCGAAAGGUGUCAGAACUACAGACUCGACAGGAAGAUUGUGAAAAACGCUAAAAUGGUGAUAAGCAAGAAAAAUGAGGUCUCAGAAAUUGAUGUGUUGAAAACAAAAAUAGAUGAGCUACAUAAAUUGCUAAAAGAAUCGUUGCUAAAACGUUAGUACUUGUAGUACGCAACUAACAAAAUAUGGUUGUUGUAAGUCAAUUUGAUAAUACCUAUAUAUUCUGUAUUAAGUUUAUACAUAAUUGUAAUGGUAACAAUUUAGUGCUUGCUUUUUGUAUUUUUACACGUUGUCUUUAACAGUAUAAUGUAACUUUACGAAUCUCAUAUUUAAGCUGCCUUCCACUAAAAUAAUUCUAUACCUAUUUAUAAUAAAAUAUGAUUUAU